UUGCGUCGAGAAUUUACACUGGUUCAAUUAAUUUUCACAACUAUAAAAAGUACAUUGAUCGGCGGUGGAUUACCAAGACGUCUCAGCAUUAUAUUCGUUGGUCGGACCGAGAACAACAUCCGGAAUCUUCUGGUUUAGUAAUUCAUAGUGAACAUGGGCUCGCUGAAGCGAUCGAGAGGUCAGGAAGAGGUAGAAGGCGCGGAGCUGCUGCUGUUGCUCUCCUUGUCCUGCGGCCCGAAGACUCCAGCGUCGUCGAAGGAUAAGGCGAAGGCGGCGGAGGAAGGCGAGUUCAAGUGCAAGACGUGUAGUCGGCGGUUCGCGACGUUUCAGGCGCUGGGCGGGCACCGGACGAGCCACAAGCGGCCGAGGGUGGAGCGGCCGGCGGCGGGGAAGGAGAGUGGUAUUGGCUCGCACCGGUGCGGUGUCUGCGGGGUGGAGUUCGCGCUGGGACAGGCGUUGGGCGGCCAUAUGAGGAGGCACAGAGUCCUGGCGGAGGCGGCGGACGUGGAGGAGCGGCCGGUGGUCGGCGAGUUUGGACGCGGCGACGAGGCGAAGAAGUCAAACGUGUGCUGUAUCGAGUUCGAUAAGUUGGUGGGGCGUAGCAGCUCUCAGUGUCAGCUACUGCCGCUGUUCGUAUAGCAGUACUGCAGAUUGAGGGGAUCCGUCGUGGUUGCAGAUUUAUUUCGAGAUCAGAUUCUUUUCAUUUGUUUGGUUGAUUUAUAAAUAUUACACCGUUAGCUAUAGAUUUCAUGUACAUACUGGGAUUUUGAUUUAUACAUAGUAGAUUUUCUGAAA